CCUCGCUACGCCGCGCUCGGCAGCGGGCGGGGACCGAGCGAGGGAGGGGGCUGGCCCGGCGGACCCGCUCCGCAGUUGUCUCCGGAGCGCGGGCUGAGCCGCCCGAGCCGCUGGGCCAGCGAAGCGCUGGCGGUUCGCUCCCGGGCCAGGUCGUCCAGGCGCUCGCAGGCAUGCAGCCCGGGAGCAGGCGGCGUGCCCCGGGCCGCUGCUGAGCCGGCCGGGGCGGCAGAGACCCGCGCCAGCAGAGCCCCUCCCACCUUGCCCCGGGGCAGACGCGCAGCGCCCGGGCACCCCCUCUUCUCCCGCAGCCCCGCCAGCGCCACCCACCGCGGGCCGCAGGGGCUCAUGCAGCCGCCAAGGGAGAGGCUAGUGGUAACAGGCCGAGCUGGAUGGAUGGGUAUGGGGAGAGGGGCAGGACGUUCAGCCCUGGGAUUCUGGCCGACCCUCGCCUUCCUACUCUGCAGCUUCCCCGCAGCCACCUCCCCGUGCAAGAUCCUCAAGUGUAACUCUGAGUUCUGGAGUGCCACGUCAGGCAGCCACGCCCCAGGGUCAGACGACGCCCCGGAGUUCUGCGCUGCCCUGCGCACCUACGCCUUGUGCACGCAGCGGACAGCCCGCACCUGCCGGGGUGACCUGGCCUACCACUCAGCCGUCCAUGGCAUAGAGGACCUCAUGAGCCAGCAUAACUGCUCCAAGGAUGGCCCCACCUCGCAGCCACGCCUGCGCGUGCUCCCCCCGGCCGGGGACAGCCAAGAGCGCUCGGACAGCCCCGAGAUCUGUCAUUAUGAGAAGAGCUUCCAUAAGCACUCAGCCACCCCCAACUACACACACUGCGGCCUCUUCGGGGACCCACACCUCAGGACUUUCACAGACCGCUUCCAGACCUGCAAGGUGCAGGGCGCCUGGCCACUCAUCGACAAUAAUUACCUGAAUGUGCAGGUCACCAACACCCCUGUGCUGCCUGGCUCAGCAGCCACAGCCACCAGCAAGCUCACCAUCAUCUUCAAGAACUUCCAGGAGUGCGUGGACCAAAAGGUAUACCAGGCUGAGAUGGACGAGCUCCCAGCUGCCUUCGCCGAUGGCUCUAAGAACGGUGGGGAUAAGCACGGGGCCAACAGCCUGAAGAUCACCGAGAAGGUGUCGGGCCAGCACGUGGAGAUCCAGGCGAAGUACAUUGGCACCACCAUCGUGGUGCGCCAAGUGGGCCGCUACCUGACCUUCGCGGUCCGCAUGCCCGAGGAGGUGGUCAAUGCCGUGGAGGACCGGGACAGCCAGGGACUCUACCUCUGCCUGAGAGGCUGUCCCCUCAACCAGCAGAUCGACUUCCAGGCCUUCCACACCAACACGGAGGGCCCCAGCACCCAUAGACUGGCGGUAGCCAGCCCCUCACCCACGGCCCCAGAGACCUUCCCAUAUGAGACGGCCGUGGCCAAGUGCAAGGAGAAGCUGCCUGUGGAGGACCUGUACUACCAGGCCUGCGUCUUCGACCUCCUCACCACGGGCGACGUGAACUUCACGCUGGCUGCCUACUACGCCCUGGAGGACGUCAAGAUGCUGCAUUCCAACAAGGACAAACUGCAUCUAUAUGGAAGGACUCGGGAGCUCCCGGGUGGGGUGGCCGCUGCAGGGCUGUCCCAAGCGCCCCGGCCCCUCCUGGGCACCCUGGUGCCACUCCUCACCCUGCUCCCUGUGCUCUGGUAGGAGCUGGCACAGGAUGCAGAGGAGGCAUGAACUCAGUCCCCAGCCUUGGGGCGGGGGGAGGGCACCUGACCUUUGGCUCUCUUUGGGGAUGCUAACAGGGUGAAGAUUGCCUGGCCCAUGUUCCCUGUGGCCCAAUAGCCUCUGCAGUGCCCAGGAGCAGCCGAAGGGACAGUCCCCUCAGAGUGGCCUUGGGCUGUCUGCUGGCAAGGGCUGGGGCGUGGGUCUCCCCCUCCCUAGUGCACGUGACAAAGUUGUGGUGACUGGUGCUGUGAUGUCUGUGACAGUAGAGCUGUGUGAGAGGGAGAGCAGCUCCCCUUGCCCCUCCCCCCACAGUGUGAAUGUGCAAAACGGCCCCUCAGGCUGAAGCCCCCCACCCCCCAGAGAGACACUGGGAACGUCAGAGUCAGCUCCUCCCAUGCCCUUGCAAUGCACUGAGACAGGCCCGGCUGACUGCUGCUCACUGACUUGUGGGGCCGCUUGUGCCCACCACAUGUACGCACACACACACACUCUCAUGAGCACACUCACACACACAAAUCCAGCAGGACGCCCCAGCUGAGCCACCAGAUGAGUGGGGCCAAAGCAUUCCUGAGGCCGUCCCCAGACAGGGCCUCCUUAAGAGUAGGGCUAGGACACAGCCAGGGCACUGCCUGGCAUCUUUAGCAAAUUGAUAGCAUUUUGGCCAAUAGGUGGUGUCUUGGCACCUGCCCCCGUGGGCGUGAGUUCAGCCCCUGGUUUGUGGGUUUCCAGGCACUUGCUUGGUGCCCUUCUCUGGCUCUGCCCUGCACCCCACCCCUUUCCCUGCUGUACCUAGAGAGUCAGAGUGCUUGGUUCUAAAGGUCUCGGAGCAGAGAGGCCCUGGGCAGGGGAGCCCAGGCCCCAGGGUGUGGGCAGCAGACCUGGUGGAUAGGGCCAGCUGGCCUGCCCUUAUCCUCUGCCUCUUCACCUACCCAUGCUGCCCACUUAAUGCCUGGAUUCCUGGAGGGGAGCAGGGUCUUAGAAGGCCUGUCAGCCCCAGCACCCUCUCUUCUAGUCUCUUUCUUAAACCCAGUGGCCACAGCCAGGAGAGACUUGCUGCCGGGGGGUGGGGGGGGUGGCCUGGCUUCCUCCUUGUUCCACCCAGGGUGCCUGUCCAGAGAGCCCAGAAUAGUCCUGCCUCUGCUGCUGUUCCAGAGAACCCAGGGACUAGCAUUGAGAUGGGCUGUACUCCCAAAGGUACUCCCAGGGCCGUCCCACCAGCAGCCCCACACUGCCCCCACCCGUCAGCAUCCGCAGCAGCCCCUCUGCUGUUCCCCAGGGACCUCUCAUACACUGGCCAGGAGGCUGCAGCACGUGUCUCCCCCCGCCCCCAUGAGGUCCUGCUCCCCUGCCAGAACCACACGGGUGGGUGGGAGGAGGCUCGGUCCCAGCCCCUUCCUCUCCCUCUUGGUUUUUGAUGGUCCCUAUGUUGGAAGUGAGAAGUGAAGCACUUUAUUUUGGUUGUGUUUGAUCACGUUCUGCUUGGAAGUGGGGACCCCCUCACUGUGUCCAUGUGUCUGCGACCUGUGUGGAGUGUCACCGCGUGUACAUACUGUAAAUUAUUUAUUAACGGCUAAAUGCAAGUAAAGUUUGGGGAUUUUUGUUUGUUA